AUGACUAGGUGUAAACCUGUUGACACACUAGUAAAGUAUAAUGUGAAGCUCAGUGAUAAGAAUGAUAGAGUUCCUGUUAAUAAAGAAAGACCAGAUAUUUCUUAUGCAGUAGGUGUUGUCAGUCAGUUUAUGCAAGCUCUUUAUGAGGAUCAUAUGACAGCAGUUGAACGUAUCUUCCGGCACCUGAAAGGAACUCCUAGCAAAGGUCUAAUGUUCAGAAAGACCGAUAAACAAUCUGUUGAAGCCUACACUGAUUCUGACUAG